UGUAUUGUGCUGUGUCCUAGUUUUUUAUUUAAUCUAUAGGAUGUAAAUCUUCUUGUGCUAAUUAAUUUCUACAUUUAUCUUGAUGCUGAGUCGGUUGAAACCGUUGUGAUGAGAUAAGUGAGGUAGGUUUCACAGUAAUGCAACCUUUGUUUGUGAUAGUUUGUGGAGUCUUUCUGCUUCAGAAUUGUGGAGUUUCAGCAAUGUGGCGCAUUCUGCAUUCGUCUUCAAACCAAGAUGAACUUGUCAAGGUUUUAAAAGAUACGGGUAGCCUCAAAGACAGAAGGGUAGCAGAUGUCAUGAGACAAGUUGACCGAGGCAAAUACUGCAAAGAAUCUCCUUACGUGGACGGUCCCAUGUCUAUUGGCUACGGAGCCACCAUCAGCGCUCCCCAUAUGCAUGCCUACGCACUAGAGAAGCUGAAGGAUCACCUGGUGGAGGGAGCCAGGGCCCUAGACGUCGGGGCUGGCAGUGGCUACCUGACUGUGUGUAUGGCACUGAUGGUGGGGGCGAGUGGUCGUGUGGUGGGGGUGGAACACAUGCCAGAGCUGCUUAACAAAUCUAUCACCAAUGUAAUGCACGACAAGCCUCACUUGCUGCGAGAUAGUAUCAUCAAACUUGUUGAAGGAGAUGGGCGGGCGGGUUACUCAAAAGAAGCUCCUUAUAAUGCAAUUCAUGUUGGUGCUGCAGCUGAGGUUAUUCCUCAACAGCUGAUAGACCAGCUGGCAGAGGGAGGCAGGAUGGUGAUUCCUGUGGGACCAGAGGACGUCGCUCAGGUGAUGGUUAUAGUGGACAAGAAAGAGGACGGAGAAGUAGUGAGGACCACGGACACCUCAGUGAGAUUCGUCCCUCUCACUGACCGUGAGAAGCAGCAGGACAACUACUACUGACGGUGUUAAUCACUAGUUAUUCAUAUCACUUCGCCUUCUGGAUUGAAAAACUAUUUAAAAUAAAUAGGUUACAUAACAUU